AUACACACACAAUUGGAUUAGUGUUUUGUUUAUUUCGGACCCACUGUAACUGUCCCUCGUCCACCCAAAAAUAACCAAUACGUCGCCUCCUUGAAUUCGUCGCGUGUCGCCGUCGCGUUUCGUAAAAUCGCUUAUCGUUCAUCGCAAGUCAAUCGAUAAUCCAUCAUGCCGAAGAUUUUCCUGAUCAAAAAUCGCCUGCAUCAGCAGCAACAGCGCUUGCUUGAAUCGCAGAAUUUGCUGCAGCACAAGAAUCAGGAUGAUGAGCGCUUGGUGCCGCCCCUCAGUCCAAGUGGGAGUGGCAGCGGUCCAUCGCCCUCGCACACGCCCACGCCAACGCCCACAUCCCAACCACCGCCACCACCGGAACCGCAAGGUCAGGGACAACAGGUGCUCGGACAGGUGCCCGAUUCAGAUCAACAGCCACUGAGCCUCACACGCAAGCGAUUCCACCAUCGUCGUCACUACUUCGGACAAUCGCGCCACAGUCUCGAACAUCUCAAUCAAAAUCAGAGCCCGAAUCCAAAUGCAAAUCCCAAUCAAACACAAAAUCCUGCGGAAUUGGAAGUCGAACGCGCCACUGGCCAAGUUCAAAAUGAAAACUUUGCCGCCGAGUUGCUGCAGCGUUUGACACCAAACACCGCCACCACUGCACAAAAUAAUAUUGUUAACAAUUUGGUUAAUAAUAGCAAAGCCGCCUCCGUUUUAGCCACUAAAGACUGUACAAUUGAAAAUUCCCCAAUAAGCAUACCAAAAAAUCAGCGAGCAGAGGACGAGGAAGAGCAAGAAGAGCAAGAGAAAGAGAAGCCCGCGGAGAGCGAGAGAGAGAAGUCCGUUGAGAGGUCAGAACAGCGAGAGAACGAAGAGCAGGUGGAGCGCGAAGAGGAGGAGGAAGAGGACGACGAGGUGGAUGUGGGCGUAGAGGCGCCACGCCCACGAUUCUAUAAUACCGGCGUGGUCUUAACCCAGGCCCAACGCAAAGAGUAUCCCCAAGAGCCUAAGGAUUUGUCCCUAACCCUCGCCCAAACCUCGCCAGCUUCACCGCAUAUCCACAGUGACUCCGAAUCCGAUUCGGACUCUGAUGGGGGCUGCAAGCUCAUUGUGGACGAGAAGCCACCAUUGCCGGUGAUCAAACCAUUGUCCCUGCGACUGCGCAGCACACCGCCACCGGCGGAUCAGCGACCAAGUCCGCCGCCUCCGCGUGAUCCCGCGCCCGCCGUCCGUUGCUCGGUGAUUCAACGGGCACCGCAAUCCCAAUUGCCUACCAGCCGGGCUGGUUUCCUACUGCCCCCCUUGGAUCAGCUGGGACCCGAGCAGCAGGAGCCCAUCGAUUAUCACGUGCCGAAGCGAAGAAGCCCCUCGUACGACUCCGAUGAGGAGCUGAACGCCAGGCGCCUGGAACGAGCGCGUCAGGUGCGCGAGGCAAGGCGUCGCAGCACGAUUUUGGCUGCCCGCGUUCUGCUGGCCCAAUCCCAAAGGCUAAAUCCACGCUUGGUGCGAUCAUUGCCGGGCAUUUUGGCUGCUGCAGCCGGACACGGACGGAAUAGCAGCAGUUCCAGCGGUGCCGCCGGCCAGGGCUUUCAAUCGUCCGGCUUUGGCAGCCAGAACAGCGGCAGCGGGUCGUCCAGUGGCAAUCAGAACGCCGGUAGCGGUGCUGGUUCACCUGGAUCCGGUGCCGGAGGCGGUGGUGGCAUGGGCGGCGGUCGCGACGGCCGAGGGAACUACGGACCCAACUCACCGCCAACGGGAGCAUUGCCUCCGUUCUACGAGAGCCUCAAGAGCGGCCAACAGAGCACGGCCAGCAACAAUACGGGUCAGAGUCCCGGCGCCAAUCACUCGCAUUUCAACGCAAAUCCAGCGAAUUUCUUGCAAAACGCCGCAGCGGCAGCGUACAUUAUGUCGGCAGGUUCCGGUGGUGGAGGCUGUGCUGGUAACGGAGGUGGUGGAGCAUCGGGGCCAGGUGGUGGCCCAUCGGCAAAUAGUGGUGGUGGUGGUGGUGGCGGCAAUGGUUACAUCAACUGUGGCGGUGUUGGUGGUCCAAACAAUAGUCUCGACGGUAAUAAUCUAUUGAACUUCGCCAGUGUUUCUAACUAUAACGAAUCCAAUUCCAAAUUCCAUAAUCAUCAUCAUCAACACAACAACAACAACAACAACAACAACAACAAUGGUGGUGGUCAAACAUCAAUGAUGGGUCAUCCCUUUUACGGCGGUAAUCCCUCAGCCUACGGCAUAAUACUCAAGGAUGAGCCGGACAUUGAGUACGACGAGGCCAAGAUCGAUAUUGGCACCUUUGCGCAGAACAUAAUCCAGGCAACGAUGGGCAGCUCCGGUCAGUUCAAUGCCAGCGCCUAUGAGGAUGCUAUAAUGUCCGACCUUGCCAGUUCGGGUCAGUGUCCAAAUGGAGCCGUCGAUCCGCUGCAGUUCACGGCCACUCUGAUGCUGAGUUCGCAGACAGAUCAUCUACUGGAGCAGCUGUCCGAUGCCGUCGACUUGAGCUCAUUCCUGCAACGGAGCUGUGUGGACGACGAGGAGUCCACCAGUCCGCGGCAGGACUUUGAGCUGGUGUCCACGCCCUCGCUAACGCCGGAUUCAGUGACGCCGGUGGAGCAGCACAAUGCCAACACAUCCCAGCUGGAUGCCCUGCACGAGAAUUUGUUGACGCAGCUCACCCACAAUAUGGCCCGGAGCAGCAGCAAUCAGCACCAGCACCAUCAGCAGCAUGGUGUGCAGCAGCAACAGCAGCAGCAUAAUGUGCAACAGCAGCAGCAGCACAAUGUGCAACAGCAGCAUGGCGUGCAGCAGCAGCAGCAUGUCCAGCAGCAACCACCGCCCUCGUAUCAGCAUGCCACGCGUGGCCUGAUGAUGCAACAGCAGCCGCAGCACGGCGGCUAUCAGCAGCAAGCUGCCAUGAUGUCACAACAGCAGCAGCAAUUGCUCAGCCAGCAGCAGCAGCAGUCGCACCACCAGCAGCAGCAGCAACAUGCCGCUGCCUACCAGCAGCACAACAUCUAUGCCCAGCAGCAACAGCAGCAUCAUCAACAGCAGCAGCAGCAACAUCAUCACUUUCACCACCAGCAACAACAGCAGCCACAGUCGCAUCAUUCGCACCAUCAUGGCCAUGGCCAUGAUAACAGCAAUAUGUCGCUGCCUUCGCCAACUGCUGCUGCAGCUGCAGCUGCAGCUGCUGCGGCUGCCGCAGCCGCUCACCUGCAGCGGCCAAUGAGCAGCAGUAGCAGCUCCGGCGGCACAAAUAGCAGCAACAGCAGCGGGGGCAGCAGCAACAGUCCGCUUCUGGACGCAAAUGCUGCUGCAGCAGCAGCAGCUGCCUUGCUGGACACAAAGCCACUCAUCCAAAGCGUAAGUAAUCCAUUUGGUCAACCACUAAAUACACAAUCACAGCAGCAAAAGCAGGGACAACAAAUCACCUUGAUGAAGACCACCAGGUACACGGAAUUCGUCGAGAUGGUGUCGAUGGAUGUGACGGUCAAGCCAGAGCCAUUUAACGAAGCCAAAACCGAAAUUACCGAGAUCACCACCGACGAGCUGACAUUGGAAGCGGAGACCCUAGCAGCAACAGCAGCAGCAUCAGCAGCAGCUGCAGAGGGAACUCAUGUUCUGGCACCAUCGCCGGCACCAUUGUCGUCCGGCAGAAAGCUGCGAGGUCGCGCCAAAGCUGUGGCCUAUGGCUCCACUAUGAUCACGUUGAUAUCCACGCUGAAAUCGUCGCCAGAGGUGCCGGCCACCAAGACGGUGCAUCGCACCACACUGCGAUCUUUGGCUUCGGCGGCGGCGGCCACUGCAGCGGGUUUGCUGGCGCCAUCGCCCACCGUUUCCGUUUUGAAUGAGAGCAAAGUGUUGCAGCGGCGCUUGGGCUUGCCGCCGGAUCUGCAGCUGGAGUUUGUGAACGGCGGCCAUGGCAUUAAGAACCCGCUGGCCGUGGAGAAUGCCCAUGGUGGCCAUCACCGAAUUCGCAAUAUCGAUUGCAUUGAUGAUCUCAGCAAGCAUGGCCACCACUCGCAACAGCAGCAGCAGCAAGGCUCGCCGCAGCAGCAAAGUAUGCAGCAAUCGGUGCAGCAGCAGCAACAGCAGUCGGUGCAACAGCAACAGCAAUCCCUCCAGCAGCAACAGCAGCAGCAGCACCAUCAGCACCACAGCAACAGCAGUGCAAGCAGCAAUGCCAGCAGUCACGGUUCCGCCGAAGCCCUUUGCAUGGGCUCAUCCGGCGGAGCCAACGAGGAUUCCUCUUCGGGCAACAACAAGUUCGUAUGCCGCGUCUGCAUGAAGACCUUUUCGCUGCAGCGCCUGCUCAAUCGGCACAUGAAAUGCCACUCGGACAUCAAGCGGUAUCUGUGCACCUUCUGCGGCAAGGGAUUCAAUGACACCUUCGACCUCAAGCGCCACACGCGCACCCACACCGGCGUCCGUCCGUACAAGUGCAAUCUGUGCGAGAAAAGCUUCACGCAGCGCUGUUCCCUGGAGUCGCAUUGCCAGAAGGUGCAUAGCGUUCAGCACCAGUACGCCUACAAGGAGCGCAGAGCCAAGAUGUACGUGUGCGAGGAGUGCGGCCACACCACCUGCGAGCCGGAGGUCCACUAUCUGCACCUGAAGAACAACCAUCCGUUCUCGCCGGCGCUGCUUAAGUUUUACGACAAGCGACACUUUAAGUUCACCAACUCGCAGUUCGCCAACAAUCUGCUCGGCCAGCUGCCCAUGCCAGUCCACAACUAGUUGAUGGAUUUUUAGAUAUAUAGGAAUCACUCGAACCACUCGAACCACUUAAGCAAACCAACCAACAUUGUGACUUUGAAGUUUUUUGAAAACUGCCCCCCUCCUCCUCCUUUUGCGGAGGAUACGGAAUUUUUGGAGAUUAUGCUUAUUAUGUAUAUUUUUGCCUAGCCCUAAGAAAAUUAGUUACUAGCUGCAUUAGGCGCCACUGUAUCACGCUACCCCAAUUCACUUUGCUGUGCAAAUCUCUCUCACUUGAAAACUUGAGCCCAUAUUUUUAUAGUUAAUCUUGAAUUUUCGUUUACUUCGAUUAUGGAUUUUUCGGAAAACCGCGUUGUUAGUCAAAAAAAAGGUAUCGUUAGCCGUAAGAAAUGUUUGAAAAUGCUUUGAGCAACACACAAAUUAUGGAUGAUCACUCGUAUAUUACGUAUAUUACAAGAAAAUAUAUAAAAUAUUUAGCUUUAAGAUGUUAAGAGCUACCAACCGAACAAGCUGCAAACGUUUGCAUUUAUUUGUCUUCAACAAAAAAAAACAAAAAUCAAAAACAAGAAAAAAAAACAGCGUAGAGCAAUGAGUGCGGUUAACAUAUUUACACACCACCAACCAUAUGCAUAAAUAUUUAUUACUUAAUCACAAACCACAUUGCAAAGAGGCAAAUCAUUCGAAUAAACUAGGCUAGGAUCUUUAGAGAGAGAAACGUAAACUAAAGCUGUUCAUAAAUGAAGUCAAAGCCCAACAAUAUCCAGCGUGUUAUGGAAAAACGAAUUGCGAGAAUAUGAUUUACUGAAUAUAUAGUUUGCAUUAAUCUUAGCUCAUAGGCAAUACCACCAAUUGUACUGAUCUUAAAUGAACAAACAAACAAAACACUAAACACUAAACACAUAAUCUUACAACAUUAUGUAUCUGAUGGUAUAAUUUGUAAGACCUAGUUGUAAUGUACUUUGAAUCUGGAUUCGAAUUUGAGUUUGAAUUUGAUUACGAUAGCAGGGAAACCAUGAUUUCCAAUUCGUAACAUUAAACUGCAUUAUUAUUUCUGUUUUAGCUUA